AUGUUUAUCUUUGCUUGCUUAUAUCUAACAAAAGAAUAUAGUUUGUCUUUUCCAAAUGAAUUCAACUUCAGAAUGCCAACUACAGACGGCUGGAUGGGUCCUAAAACAAGAUGGCAAGGCAACAAUGGCUAUUUAGUCAAAAUUACAACAGCAGAAGAAUUAACAAACCACAUUGCUAAUAAACACUAUUAUUCAGAAACACUUCUUCUCCCAACUUCUCUUGUUACCGAUGAAAUUUUAACAAAUCUUGAAAAUAAUUUCAAACCUAUUAAAUAUCUUCGUGCCAUCAUUAUGUAUCCUACUGGAGAUGCCAACGUUUCUUCAGCUCCCAGAUAUCCAAAUCAAAAGUAUUCAUACCAUAAAGAAGAUUACGACUGGAAUCCAUAUGGAUCUGGCUCAGACAGAAAGCAGCAUUCAUUUGAUAUCUAUCAAAUCACAUCAGAAGAAUACCUUGCUGCAUUUUUAGCAUUGAUGAAUGCUUUUCCAGAAGAAUCCGGAGUUUAUAUCAACAACAGACAGUAUUCACGUGGCAACUUCAAGAAAUCGUACACUACUAAAAAGAGCGGAAACCCAUUGGCAGACCCUGUUUCAGGCGUUAACAUCUAUGGUUCGUUCGAUGCGAAUUUCACCGGUCCUGCUGUUUGGGCCAUUGCUUCAAUCGACUCAUUCGGUCUUACUCCAUACAACCAUGUCGGCGCUGAUCGUUCUAUGUCAGGAUUCAUUGGUUUACUCGCUGCUUUGAGAGCAUUACAAAAUUUGACUUGGUCAGAAGCCACUAAACCACUUCGUUAUAUAUUCUUUGAUACAGAAGAAUUUGCAUACUCUGGUUCCGAGCGCUUCCUUUACGAUAUUGCCAACUUCAAAUGCCAAACACCAGAUUCAGACAAUUCAGAUGCUUGUUCUAUACCAUACCGUGCAUAUAUGGGCUUCAAGAAUAUUACUCUUGACGAUUUCGAUACUGUUAUUGAGCUCCAAAGCAUUGGUUUAUACAAUGAUUCAUCUAAACUUUUCGCACACUCAGAAAAAGAAGUUAAUGCAGAAUUUCUUUCGAACGUCACUUCAGUAAACUACAGUGGCGUCUCAAUUUCCCAAGCCGAUUCAGAUUUACCCGGAGUUCCACCAUCAUCCAUGAAUUCCUUCCUCAAAUACAAAAACCGCACCUUCAACCAUGUUGUUCUUACCGGAUUUAACAGGCAAUACGUCAAUAAAAACAUCGGAAUGCCAGAUGACAGUUAUAACAACAUCGAUAUCGACUACAUGACCAAAGCAGCAACGAAUACCGCCAGGCUUCUUGCUAAGCUUUGCUUCCCCGACCUUCCUGAGGCGAAUCUUUCAUCAAUUGUCGCAGAUAAAGAUAUGAUCAACCAAACACUGUACGGAUUCGCUGUUAACCCCAAUGCAUCAUCAAUAUUCCUCCAUUUCUGGCCUCUCUCCGAAAAGAGACCACAGUUAUCCACUGUUCCUGGCUCAAUUUACACUGGAGUUUCUAUUGGUUACUCUUACAGAACAAAACAUCAGUUUAUCAAGAUGUUUAUGGACGAAACAAAGGCUGCCAAGUACGUGGAUGUUGACUGCAGUGAUUCUGAGAAGGUAAACUGCUCUAAAAUCGAUCCAGAGCUCAAAUGCGGUUGGAACAACAGAUGCGUUAAAUCUAAUGUCGAAUUUUCACCGGCUUUGUACCCAGGAUUGGAGUUUGACUAUGAUGAUUACAAGUACAAUGUUUCUACAUGGGAUAAUCCUUAUUUCGCAGAAACAAGAUGGAAUAACCAAAUGCUUUACUACGUAACACUCGGACAGGCUUACAUCGGAAGAUACGCAAUCUUCGUAGGUGUUCUGUUAUGGCUGAUACUCGCAAUCGGUGGUGCAAAGUUGUGGAGUUGGAAUUUGACAAAAUUAAGCAAAUAA